AUGGUAGGGCAAUUACUUGUAGCCGUGGGUAUUGAUGCAAAUGAUAAUAUGUACCCCAUUGCUUAUGCGGUUGCUGAGUUGGAGAGUAAAGACUCUUGGUGUUGGUUUCUCCAACUUUUAAUUGAGGAUCUUGGUCCAGUUAGUGAAUAUGGUUGGACUUUCAUUUCAAAUCAACAAAAGGAUUUGGAUAAAGCUUUUGAAUUAGUGGUGCCUGAAGCGUCUCAUAGAUGA